AUGGCGACACCAUCAUCAUCAUCGUCCGGAAGGGCCGCUUUGUUGUGUACUCCUAAUAAAAAAAAAGAAACCAAAUCUCGAAACGCUUUGGGAAAACCACCCAAAAGCAUUUAUCAUCCCGGAAGGAGAAGGCGUUUUUUGACGUCGUCGAGGAGGAUCGGUGUUGGUUUUUCUUCUUCCUCGGGAGACGAGGACGACGAAAACGUGAGAACUUCAUCGUCGUCGUCGUCGUCGUUCGUGAAGUUGACGUGUCCGAUAUGCACGCGAAGAGUUUUAGAGGAGAGGGCUAAAGACGUGUGCUGCGGGAAAACGUGGACGAUUGAACGAAAGAACGCGUACGAGUACACAGAUUUAGAGAUUUCGAGAAACGCGAACUCGUUUCGAGAGGCAAAGCUAAGCGGAACGUCUCUGUUCGAAACGCCGAUUGUGAGCAACGCCUACGAAAGGGGCUGGCGAGAUUCCUUCGCCUGGGCUGGGUUUCCCGGGAAGGAGAAGGAGUUUGACGUCGCGAUGCGGUUCGUCAGAGAGAAUACUAAUCAAAGACAACAACAAAAUCAAAAGCAGCAACUUGGAGAAGUCGUUUUAGAUGUUUCGUGCGGAUCUGGUUUGUUCGCGAGAAAGUUUGUCGAUUCGAAGGCGUUCGUGAGAGUCGUCGCGAGCGACUUUUCGGAGAACAUGUUGAUAGAAGCGAGUCAGUUUGCGCGAGAGGAAAACAUUGAUGCAAACGUGAUCACGUUUGUACGCGCGGAUGUUGGACGCUUACCUUUUGAGACGGGUAGCGUAGAUGUUGUGCACGCCGGUGCAGCUCUGCAUUGCUGGCCUUCGCCGACGCAAGCCGUGGCUGAAAUUUCGAGAGUAUUGAAACCGGGCGGCACUUUCGUAGCCUCUACGUUUCUCGAUCCGAGCGCGAACUUGAACAACGACGAUUUGACGAAACCGUUUUCGGAUUUCUUCAGGGACGCUAAAUUAGGUACCGGAGGCGCGUUUAAUCGGUUUUGGACGGAACAAGAGCUCAAAGAUUUAUGCCAAAUGGUUGGCUUGGAAGACUUCAAACGCGAACGCGAGCGACAAUACAUUCUCUUCGCCGUGAAAAAGAACUCGGUGAGGUGCGAAGACGACGACGAAGUCGAGGAGUGUGAUAUCGUUUUAUCCAUGGACGAGAAAGGGCAAUAA